UUCCCUGAAACAAACUUUGGGAACGAGAAACUGGAACCUAUGGUUUUGUCGAGUAUGCGUGUUAUUCCUAAUAAGUCAGUGGUAAAGUUGAAGUUAGUCUGGAGACAUUAACGGGGCAGGCGGGUUUGAGUCUUUUUAAUUGGCUGCUGUUUGAAGACUUGUGGGAGAAGGAGCGUAAAUGUCUAAUAAUAACUAAUAUUUGAGCUAGUAGCUGUCGUUGUUUGCUAACACAGGAAGAGGGGUUAACUUACCCAUGGAAGCUACUGUUGUUGUUGUUGACGACCUUUCGGGUCCAGAGUUUCGCUGCUAACGGACGGAUGCCCGGGACGCCAAGAUGGAGGUGGCUGUCAAAGGGAAAGCCAAGAGGAAGCACUUGAAUGCAGAGGAGUGUAACGAACUGGUUCGAAGCGCCGGGGUUGCAGACGCCCUCACCCAGCCCCACACCUCCACCCAGAGUCUGGGCCACCGGGACCCUAAUAGGGGACUGUACCCCAGGACUCCAACAAAAAGAUGGAAGCGUGCACCUCUCCCUGGAAGUCCAUCUGUGAAACAGAAGGGCAUCAACGCCUUCUUCUCCGUGAAGGGCUUCAUCCGUUCCAGUCCACACAAAUCCUCCCUGCCCAGCACAUCCACAAGUUCCAAAGAGCUGAAGGACAUGGUAGAAGAAGAAGAGGAGGAGGAUGAUGACGUCAGCCUGUUAGCUGCCCCGUUGAUGCCACCACCUAGAGAAGAAGAAGACGAUGACAGCCUGUUAGCCGCCGUGAUGAUGCCGGACCCUGACGAGGAGGAGAUUGACGACGACAGUCUGCUGGCUGCCGGGAUGGUGCCGGACUCCGAGCCACAAAAGGAGCAAGAGGUGGAUUACCUGGAGGGAAUGACGGCAGAGAUGUUUGGGGGUGAUGACGAAUUCGGCCAGUGUGGCGUUCACAACGAAGAAGAGGUGGAGCCCCUCCCCGACGCUCACUACGGGCUCCUGGGCACCGGAAGGCACUUGCUCCGACCCCAGGGCUGCAUAGACGACCUUCCCGAGGAGGUGCUGAGGCAGAUACUGUGCCACGUCCCCGCUCAGGACCUCUACAGAAAUGUCAGCCUCGUCUGCCACCGCUGGAAGAACGUCGUCGAGGACACCACGUUUGUGCCUUUCAAAAAGCAAUACUACCGCUACAUGAUGCGAGAGAAGGAAACCAUGGAGGAGGUCGUCUCUAUUCUGAAGAACAGUGGCAUCACGGAUCCAGCGUUGUCGCAGCACAGCAUACGUAACCUCGUAGUUUUAAUGGCCCAGCACAAGGUCAGAGAUCGCGUGGCACCGGAGAAUGUCCUGGAGUGCGUAAAGAAACAUCGCCUAUUCCCUCAGGCAGAAGCCUCCAUCAGGUUAUGUAUUCCUGAUAUUCGGAAGUCCUUUAACCUUGGAAUUGAGGGUCCUAACCCGUAUGCUGCCAUGGCCAUCGUACUGAUCCUAAGUGAGAGUGUCGACGACGUACAGGCCUUGGUUUCUCUUCUCACCAGCUGCAUGUCUCACUCUGCCAUCAGCGAGUACCUCAGCCACAUGGCCAUGAUGCUGCUUGCUUUGAUGAGGAACGACAUCCAAAUUAGCAACAGGUUGCAUUACAACAUCUACUACAUGCUCCACCUGAUGGAGAAUGGUCCCUUUUCUGUCAACUCUGGUCAGAGCGGGCAGCCUCAGAUUCACCUCACACGUGAACAGCAGCAGGUCCUCAGCCACAACAUCCAGCCAGACCACGUGGUCAAGAUAAUAGCGUUUGCAGGCACAGGGAAGACGACCACGCUGAUAAAGUACGCAGAGCAGCGACCACACCUCCGCUUCCUCUACGUGGCCUUCAACAACUCAGUGGCUCGUGAGGCGACCCUCCGCUUUCCCAGAAAUGUGGAAUGCAGGACCGUCCACUCGUUGGCCUAUAAAGAUGUUGGAUGGAGGUAUAAAGCUCAGGAGAAGUUGGCGCCAGGCCUGAAGCCAUUCGCCAUCAACUCCCUUCUACCCAAAGGCCACGGCGGCUUCACCAGAGCCAAAGUGGUUUCCACAACUCUCAGCGCCUUCUUGGCUUCGACCGACGAGGCCAUCGCCACCAGACAUGUUCCCAGCACGUAUAUAACCAGCAGCAACUUCAGGAUUGAUAUAGACCGUGACGAAAAACUGUUUUACGUGAAUGAAGCAAGGAAGAUCUGGAAGAAAAUGAAAGAUCCCUCGGAAAAAUCGAAAUACGGCUAUUACAUGACUCAUGAUGGUUACCUGAAGUUGUGGCAGCUCCAAGACCCGAAGCCUCGCUUGUCUGACCGUUACGACGCCCUUUUCAUCGAUGAGGCCCAGGACUGUACUCCCGCCGUCAUGGACGUGCUGCUGUCUCAGAGCUGUGGGAAAAUCCUGGUUGGAGAUCCUCACCAGCAGAUCUACACCUUCAGAGGAGCCGUCAACGCCUUGCACGCCACUGAACACACACACAUCUACUACCUGACACAGAGCUUUCGGUUUGGUGCUGACAUCGCCUACGUUGGCGCCACCAUCCUCAAUGUCUGCAAGAAAGUUGAGAAGAUUCUUGUUGGAGGAAAGAAGAAGAGUGGAGUGUCUGACGAGACCACAGACAAGGCUGCGAAGGCUGUGAGCACGGGGGUGAGUUACAGCCCAGGAAAGAUAGCCAUCUUGUCCAGAUGCAAUCUGGGAGUGUUCAGCGAAGCCGUCCGGCUGAUUGACAUCAACCCACACUGCAGGAUCCACUUCGUAGGAGAUGUCAAAACUAUCGGCCUUGAAAAGAUCCUGGACAUCUGGUGCUUGAUGCAGCAACCGGGGGCCCCUCUCCUAGGGCCCGACCAGCGACCUAGAGUCAUCAGAGAUCCCAUUAUUCGCUCGUUUGUGAAGAAAAGCGAGAAUCCCUUCUUGGCCCUGAAGAUGUACGCCAUGCAGACUGAGGACAAGGAGCUGGAGGGCAAGGUCGCCAUCGUGGAGAAAUACAGGAGACGUGUCCCUGAACUGGUGAUGCGCCUGAAUGGGUGUUCUGAAACGGACUACCACAAAGCAGACUUCAUAGUUGGAACUGUGCACAAGGCUAAAGGUCUGGAGUUUGAGAGCGUGAUAGUCAACGAUGACUUUUUCAAGAUUCCCUCUUCCAGACACGACCUCUGCCAUUAUCGCGACUUCUCGUUCGCCAAAGUCCCUGACGAUGAGUGGAACCUGCUGUACGUGGCGGUGACUCGUGCCAGGAGCUCUCUGAUCAUAACCAACAACAUCCGGCGCAUCCUCACAGUGGCUGGGGAGUACUUCCUGAAGUCGGAGAUGCCCAGGUCCUCGCUGCCGAACAGCGAGCCUCUCCCGUGCACCAUCUCAUCCUGCCCCAACUGCGUCACGCCCGGCUCAGCGUUCACCAUGCACAAGCGGCGAUUAAGAUGCACCGACGGCGCGACUGACCACGGGCCGCUGUGCGAGAGGUGUGUGUGGACGCGCAUCGGGCCCAGCGCCUUCCUCAUGACGGACGACGUGCUCUCGAUGGCGGCGAUACCACGGCGGCUCAACGAACCGAUCCCCUACGAAAUUGUGGCGAUUUUUUAGUGCAGUUUGGUUUUUAUGGGACUUGAAACCUUCAUCGGCGUUGUGUCGGGAUGUCAGGUGACCCGUGAACGCCUAGGAUUCAUUAAAGAGACCAAGAACUGUGUUUACUCGUCUUUGAAAGAGACAAGUUGCAUUUGCAAUGACACUGUUUUAUACCGUUUGUGUUUGUAUCCAGUCAUACCCAUAAGAAAGAUGUUGUGAGUAGGCGAACUGCCUAGUCACAAGGGUUAACUGGAACGCAAGCGAUUGUUUGGAUAAAAUAUAACCUCUACUUUUGCA